UCGGGGGGAGAAAACGAGAAGGUGUGCGGAGGGCGGUCGUAAAAUUUAAGCUGAAAUUAAACGAAACUACGAGCAAUCGGCGUUUCUCAUUCGACGGUAAAUUGAACUUUAAGUUCCACUUAAACAGUAAGUGGAAACGAUGGAACAGGUCUUAGAAUUUCAACCUUCCCCUAUUACCCUAUCGCGAUGAAUUAGUUGGACGGGUUUGUUUAACGAAAGUAUUCGAGAGUGCUCAUUAAGUAUUCGCUACAUCGGAGGGUUGAUAUAAUUGCAACUUCGUUCUCUCGCUUCUGGCGACAUAAAUUUCAAUUAACGAAGCGAGCUACCUGAUCGACUUUGUAAACAGAGGAACCGGUAUUAAUUGAACCUCUGUUAUUCAAAUGGUAUACUAUUCGAACGUUCAACCGACGGGAAUCCAGUAAAAGUAAAUCCUUGUUGUAUUCGGGGGUAGGUAGACAGAGAUGGCGGAGAAGGGAUUAGAGAGUUGAAGGGAAUGCCGGUGGUAACUUUUCUCCUGGGUGAGCUGCUGAGCUCGUCAAUAAGAUUUCAUGGUUCAGGUGGACCUUUACUCGAAUAACGGACCAAGUAUAAAAAUGCAUGCAAUUUAUUCGUUCAAUGUGAAAUCAGAAAUUAAUUGUGUUAUUCAGAUUGAAGGUUGGAUCGAUCGAAUAAUAUAUAUUCUAAAAUCGUUUCUCUUUUAUUCCUUUCUCGACGUUUUUUUAUCUAAUGAAUUAUGCACAUUUCUGCUUCUUCGCAGGUCCUACUGUAGAUGACAGAAUUUAUUUAUGGCGUGCUUCCAAAAGGGUCGUGGCGAAAUAAAAUUUAUGAUUCGACUGUGCCAAUAGCAAACUUUCCUGGAUUGUAUUCGAAGAUUCCCUUUAACUCGCAUAUCGGAGGAGGAUUGCAGCUUCUGUUCGUGAUGACAGCAAUGUCGAGGCAGCGGUACGCGAACCGCACCAGCGGGAACAGAUAAGGAAGGGAGGAGCCACGCGUCGGGCAAUCAUGUGUAGUGUCAUGUGGCUCCUUCGGCUCCUAACGAUUUGCUGCCUCGUUUAUCUAUCGGCGUCCGACUCCCACACAGAUUUACCACUGAUAACGGAUUCAGUAUCGUCGAAAGCAACGACGGCGGCGAAGCGCUCGGUACCGACGGACGCGCCGAUGCUGUACUACAUAUUCGAUGCCCACAGUACGCUGAACAAACACCAGCAUCAUCACGAUCAUCGGUGGGGUCCUCAUUUCGAGGGCGAGGGGAAGAAUAUGACCGUGCAGGCUGGCGGAAGCGCCAUCCUCGACUGCAGGAUAUCCUUGCUGCAAGACAAAACCGUGUCCUGGGUACGAAGACAGGAUAACGGCGAGAAGGUAAACUUGCUGACGGUGGGUCAACAAACAUAUAUAGGAGAUCCACGGUAUACAGUGAAGUUCCAGUACCCAGACAACUGGCGUCUACAAAUUAAACCAGUGAACAGUAGCGAUGAGGGCCAGUACGAGUGCCAAGUCAGCACUCAUCCGCCCAAGCAUAUUCACGUGAAUCUCCACAUCAACGCGCCGUCCGUCCAAAUAGUGGACGCCCUGGGUGAGCCCCUGAGGGACAAGUAUUAUGAGGCCGACAGCACCAUCGAGCUAUUGUGCGUUGUGCGACACAUAGCGAUGCAAGUGCAGUACAGUGUCGUCCAGUGGCUCCACGGCAAUCGAAUUCUGAACUACGACACGACGAGGGGCGGUAUCAGCGUGAAAACGGACCUAAUGGAAGAGGGGGCCAAUUCGACUCUCAGCAUAGCGAGGGUGGGACCAGCUGACAGCGGAAACUACACGUGCCAUCUCACCACCAUGCCUGAUCAACCUGCCACAGUUCACGUACACGUACUGAACGGAGAAAGCUUAGCCGAGUUGCAUCACGGGAGCGCAGAGGCCGUCGGAACCAGCGGCGGCGCCGUCGGUUCGUUGCUUCUGCUUCUGUCCGUUCUUCUCGGCUGGAUACAACAGGUGCUCAGAUGAAGGCCCGACGACGUUCGUUGCGUCCCAGGGAAGGCGUGAAACGAGCACCGCGACGCUCCGUCACGACGCCGAACAUCGUCGUGACACGGCGCCGCGACACAAUACGGACUUUUAUAUUAUCGCUGAAGAAUGGACGUAGCGGAGUGUGUACGCGAACAAGAGAGCGAGAAAGGAAAAAACGGAGGGUGGGAAAAAAAAAAUAAUGUACGAACGAGAAGCAAGUCUAAGGGGUCGGGGGCGAGGGGAAGUGAAAAGAGGGUCGUAGCGUCGCGAGAGAAUGGGGUUGCGCGCACGACGGGGCCGGGAGGGGUUGACAGCGCUGUUCCGGCAUUGUUCUUGGUCCGAUUGGAAGUGACUCUUUCCGCGUCGCUGCGCGUCAGUGUUUCUGUUUCGCGACUAUCCCUGAGUCCUGUUCGAGACCCGACCAAAAGUGCGUCAACUUUCGAGGGUUUGUCUUACAGGUAUGCCUCGUGGCCGUUGAGUUUUCGGAGAUCGUGGUUGGUCUCGAUGGUUUGCGAGAGGUGAUAAGGAUGUCAGGUAAUCGUUUGAAAGAAUUGUACGUUGUUGAGCGUGUAAUUGAUGCGAAACGAGGACUGUCGGAUUUCAAACAGCAGGAUUUGGUCGUGUUUUUAUUAUAGGAAUCCACCUUAGUCUCUGUGAUGAGGGAGACGUCCAGUCUGAUGGAGAUUUGCGCAAACGUUGGUCCAAUCUAGGAAGUAUGUCGUAUUUCGUUGAUACUACUUUUUGGAGGAGGCUCUUUAUUGGAGGCUGCAAGGUUUUUGUGUGUCUAUACAAGUCUUGAAUUAUUAAAAAUGUUGAAAUUUGUUGGUAAUAAAAAUUGUCUUUGAGGGACUGUUCAUAUUAGUACUAAAGCGUGUUUUUAUUCUUUUGCAACAUAUAUGGUAUAAUUAGUUACCCUGAAUUUUUGUCUUUGAAUGGAGAAGAUAUUCAUUGUAGUACAUUGAAGGAGAUACAGUAUAUACAUACAUACGUGAAUUUUAACAAUUUCAGUAUUAUUUGUUGAUUUAUUCUUAGCGAAAGGUUUCUUUAAACAUAGACUAGUUUCUAUGUUCAAAUUGUGUUGAUUGUGUUGUGUUCACAAUACAAAUACAGAAAUAAAGUUUGAGGGGAAUAAAGAGAGUUCAAAUCAAAGAUAAACAAUAUAGAUAUUGAAUAUUGGGUUAGUCCCAACUGAUACACAUUGGUGUAUCAAUAAUAAAUCAGAUAUUAAAAAUGUAAAUAAUAAAUAAUGCGACUUCAGAGUAAAGUCCUAUUACAAAGAAUUAAAAACUGAGAUGAACGGGUUGGAUUCCUCCCAACUGAUACACGUUGGUAAUAAAAAUAAAAUAGAGAUGAAAAAUGUAGUAAACGAUCGUGUAAUUUCAAAAUCACGCGUGGUUACGGAGAGUUUGGAUCCGAUGGGACGGGGUAGGUGGUUCCCUUGUGAGAAACGCUAUGCCACGAAUUUCCGUUCGCGCGUUCCACGACCACUGACGCGUAGAUGACGCAUAAAUACGAGGCGCUAGGACCCCGAGGGUGGAGGAUGCGGGAACCGCGUGCCACUGAUUUCCCGCACGACGUGUGCAAGUAAACAACACCCUCGAAUCGCGUGUUCGGAAACGGCAGUUUACCCCGUAUAUUUCCUUGACGCAUUCACUGCCGCUCCGACAUUUUAACACCCGCCCACUAGAAACUCAUUAUAGGAUAACAUCCUUCGAGCGAAUAUACACCACGGGAUGAAAUUAUUGGACACCCCUGUGAUACCACUUGCUACUUUCAGUUGAACAAUCGAAAUGAUGGGAGGAACGUGUUAUGGAUAAGGUUACUUAGUUUGGUUAUUUAUAAAGCACUCAGUUCACAGAACCUGUCAUCGAGCCUGAUAUAUUUUCAUUUCUUUGACUCUUUAAUAGUAUUUCAAUUUUUUUUUUUUUUUUAUACUAUUUCUAUAAAAGUAUGUAUUCCAGAGAAAGUUUAAAUGGUGUGAUUCUAUUAUUAGGUAGACUGGAAAGUAGUGUCGUUUCUUUUACAUUAAAUGCAAACAAAUUUUUAAUAAAUUUCUAUAGAUCCUGAACACCCUUAAUAAUGAAUGAAUGAAAUCUUCUUGAAUCUGAAAUUAACUUCAAAUACGUUAAUAAGUUUUUCGGAUUUAGUAUAAUAUCAUAAAAAAUCCGUGAAACGCGCGAUAGUUUUGAAAACUGCUCAAAAUCCAAGGGGUGUUCAAUUAUUUUGUCGCGGAGCGUAUCUCCGAGCCUCUGUUAUGCUGUUACGCUCAUUUUGACGGCUCGAGUGCAGGCUGAUGGCUCGGUAGAACCUGAGUCGUGACUUCUCUCGCGAGGGCUGUUCAAAAUUCACGAGGGCUGAACCACACGGUUCAUUGUUUUAGGCAUGUUUUUUAAAGCUCAUCCCUUUGUUGCGUAAUGGUCCAGUGAAAAUCAUUUCUGAAAAGUUCCCCGAGGAAAAGUUUACAGGAUUUACGUGCGAUGUCUUCUUGUGGAGACGUCUAGUAGCUCUGCAGUUUCAGCCACUUGUAUUUUAAUUGAACUUUUUAAUUAAUUCAUGAGCGUUCGUGUAACAAAAAAUUUCUUUUUGUAAGAUGAAAAUAUAAUUGUGCUACGGAGGGUUCACGAACCAAGUAUUUCAAGCAUCGAAGAUGUGGUUGAUAAACGAUCGAAGCAUAUGGAGCAUCGAGCUGUUGUGUUUAAGAAGAAUUUUAUUAAUGGAACUGUUACAUUUAAAUACAAAUUCUAUUACCAGGAUCAUUAUAAUAUAUGUACAUUUAGGAUGGCUCUACGAAAAGCGUCGGGAACAACAAAAAGAAUUCGAAACCUCUAAAUGUUCUUGCCAAUCCCUGUUGCAAAGUAAGGGGUUAAAUAAUCCAUUUGCGGUCGCACCUUUCAUUCUCGCAAGAAACAUUAAUCUCCAGGAAUAUCGUGAAUAAAUACUUCAACUCUCUACGUCUCACAAAUAUCGUUCACGCACGAUAAAUUCUAUUUCACAAUUAUUUCAGUUAAUUUCGUUUAUUACAACUAUAACGAAUCGUGCCUUCGGUAAUGAAAUGAAAUAAUUACAAACGAUAUAAUUUAAUGUACCCGUAGUAACAAUACGAUUAAUUCGAACAAUUCAGCAAUGCUAAUUUCAUUUACGAUCUCGUACGAAAUAAUUGCAAAUUAUAUUAAUUUCACCCAAUGUUACAAAUUGAACGAAAGGAAUUAAUUUAAUCUGCACGUCAAACGAGAUGAUCGUGAAUAGGAUUAACGUAGCAAGACGUAGAAGAAUAUGACGAACUUUUCCGCGACCGCAAAUGUAGAACAUCCUCCAACGAAAUUAUAUUUGAAUCACAAAUUUCUUUUUUUAUCCUCGAGCAUAGCGUGACGGACAUGUCAAACUCAUUUUCGCCCGAGGACCAACUUGCACUUUGCUACCAUGGCGUGGGAGUUCGAUUAUUUUGCAAUAGUCUACAGUAUUUCAAAUUUUAUUUUUCAAGAUUACUUUUUUAAAGAUUUACGAAAUUACUUAUUAUUCUGAACAUUGGAAAGUUAUCUUCAUUUUUAGGGUAUUUUAUUGUUUGUCACUGUUGAGAAAAAUUGUUUAGGUAAAUAUGUACCCCUAAACAUAAACAGAAUCCCUAUGAAUAACAUGGAUAAAAGUGGGAAAUUAAAUAUAAAAGAAGGCAGCAAGCUAUAAUGGGUAAUAAAUUAAAAAGUAAUUUCCAUUAACGUAACAAGUAGUACUAUUACACAAAAGUGAAGAGUACAUUUAUAAUAAUAGCCGAUUAAUUUGAAGCAUAAACUUGAACCACCCUCGCGAAAAACAGCUGCAGAUGAAUAUUCGAUACGGACCACUCGAGCGAGGCUCGAAUUAUCAGUAUUAUCUAGGUUUGUAAAGGACCCUGUUAACCCUUAAAUAGCCCCACUCUAAAGAUAAUUUACACACCGUUCCCUGUUCUACAUUGGCAACUUUUUAAUUCAAUUAAAAAAAUUAAAUACACUAUUUCCACAACAGGAAACAAAAUAAUAUUUAUUUAUUUAUCCAUGACUUAAUAAGAAGAAAUUUCCAUUUUUUAUUUGUACUAAAAUGACGAGCUACUUAAGGGUUAAAACGACGCGUAAAGGAAACCGGAAGUCUGAAAGAUGACACAGACCGUUCGACCAAACGAUAUAUCAUUCCAUCGUCCAACGCACGAUAAACGAUGGCAGGUUAAUUGUUAUAAAGUUGUAUUCUCGUAAAAUUACCGUUGUAUAAAGCAGACUCGACUCGAUUGGCAGCGAAUCUCGAGAGAAAGGAUAGUGUAUGUGAGACUUAUGCUGAAUGUUCUUCACUGAAACGAUGUUGUUUGAUUAAUUCGUGACAUCGACCACUUGGUUCGCGAAUAUAUCAGCAUUGUCGCAGAAUUUCCGCUCUGCUUAGACGCUAUCGGUGGAAAAUCGAGAGGCCAGAGGUUUUCGUGAAAGAAAUUAUUAUUGACAACGAUUUUCUCACUGGGGUAGAGUUUGCAUGUUAUUAUUGGACAGAAAAUGAUUGCUUAGCGAAAUUACAAUUGAAAUAUAAUCGAAACAAUCUUUGUUAGGUAAAUGGAACAAGAUCUUUUUCUCUUAUUUUAUUUAUUUAAUUUAGUAGGUUGGAAAUGAAAACGUAAUGUAAGCGCAAGAACAUUGCAUUAUACAUGUUUUAUUAGUUAGAGUUUAAAUAAAAAGCUGUGAUUUAUUUUAAAUAAAUUCAUUGAUUUGAAAGACUAUAAUGGCAUAAAAAUAAGAGGGUUAAAAAUUGUAAAUAUAAUAGGAAUAAUUCGAGCCUCUUUAAUUAUAUAAAUAACGAACAAAAAUUGUGCUAUUCAAUCUAAUGAAUCUAAUACGUAAAUUUGCAUACAGUGAUUUUGUUCACUGUGUCUACAAAAUAUUUCAAAUCGGAUUUUCCAGAAAAUCCGGUUAGGAAAAAAAUUGUAUUCCACACUUUUAAAGUGUCUUUUGCAGUCACUUUCUUUUCGAUUUUACCAUGCAACAUCAUCGCUGGUCUUUGUAAAAAAAACGAAUCGAUUAUCGCAGAUGACUGUAGACAUUACUGAUAUCAUAUUCUUCCUCGUACAACGACAUUGAUCACGAAACGUUUCACUUAUUAGCUAAUUGAUUAGUCUAUUCUCGAACAACACACGACAAAAAUGACUAACUUAAAUACAAAGAUUAGCGUCGUUUGAUAAGGGAAGGAGGUAUUCGCGAAUCAAGCUGAAACUGUAAAUUAAUGAAAGUCGCGAAUAAAAUUAACGAUAGUCCCUGUCACGGAUUAAUGGUUCGAACAUGUGUUAAGCGUUUCCUCGCGCGAUUCAAAGGACUGUAUAUCAAGGAACGCGAAAGUAUAUUAGAGAGAAUGAGUUAUCAACUGCCAACCUGAUCCUGAGCUCAUCAAUUAGUGAUUCGCAGCGAAGUUUUAAGCGAAGGCAGAGCGACACGAAAAUGCCACGUGUUUUACAUAAAGUCGUUUGUUUCUUUUUUUCGCCGACGUUCGUUAAUAUAACAUAUGAAAGAGAUGGAGGACGCAGACAGUUCACGAGUAAACGAAAUGUCCUCGUGUCGGGGCAGAUCGCACAGUAAUACUUGAAUUCGACGUAAAACUCAAAGUUUUCUCCGAUGGCGAGAUUAUGAAAUAUACGA